AUGACUAUGCAGUGUCCACAAGAUAAAAGAAAGGAAACAACAAAACAACACAAGCAAUCCAGCUACACCCAGAAAAGGGACUCCAGGUUGACAACAAAACCAUAUGUAAAGUGCUUAUCAGAAAAAUUAAAAAGGAUAGAGAAUAAGUACAACAUAUUAUCAACAUUUGAAACAACCAACACAUCAACAAUCCUGUCCAAAACCAAACCGAACAACACACAGGAGAGGUUAAACAACUGCAGCUACAAAAUAUCCUGUGAAUGCCACAAUUUCUGUGUGGGAGGAACUGCAACACCAUUAAGCGUCAGAAUCAACGAACAUAAAACAUACAUCAAAAACAGGGAUUUGGACAAAUCACAGAUAUGCAAACAUGCCUGGGACAAUGAACACAGACCACGGUGGAAAGAUGCAUCAAUAUUCAUGAAGGAAACAGACAUGGAGAAGAGAAAAAUCAAAGAGGCAGCCCUCAUCCUAUUGAAUGAAGAAAAAUGCGUAGCAAACCCAUCAGCAGAAUGCAGUAGACUUUGGUUGCCAAUAAAAGAAGUAAAGUAA